AGUAGUUGGAUGUGCAAAACAGGACUAGCUUGACUUGACUGGAGCUUCAGCUGGCUGCCUCCCCUCUUGAUAAUUGAGAUGGCUUCAACAGGAUUAGCUUGCAUUCUCUGCUCUCACCAUGCCAUGACUCUGCUUUGGUGAUUUCAGAUCAGGAAGCAAGCCCACAAGGAGCAGGUCACCAACAUCCUGGUCCAGAUCUACAUCGAUUUACAGGUAUGGUGGCUGUUCUUUAGAUCUGAUGGGUAUCUCAAGUUGAAGAUCGAAGCCAGCUACUCUACUUGUCAUCCUCAACAGCCCCAAGUCAUUAGGUCUAGUUUUUUGUGUGGAUCCAUGAGAUUAUUCUGAUGGUUUCAGAUUCGCAAAUGCACAAGGAGGUCGCCAACAUGGAUCAGAUCUAAGCCAUUUCGAGGCAGCACCAGUAAGCACGAUAAAGAUUUCUCUUGGAAGGACGAGCUUCUUAAUUUGUGACGACGCCAAGGUCUGCUGAGCAGGAAGGUAACCAACAUUGAUUGGAUCUAAGCCAUUACGAGGCAGGUGUCAGUACUGGAAAAAUCAUCGUUACCGAGUUCUUUUGUCUUUGCCGAGUACUAGAACACGGGAUCACGGCAAAAGACAUCUAAGCCGACACUGUAAGCACAAUAAAAUUAUCUCCUGGAAGGACGAACUUCUUAAUUUAUGAAGACGACAAGGUCUGGCGAGCAGGAAGAAGCGUUGAGUUUGGGGCAUUUUAACCUGAGAUGUUCCUAUACGGAAGCAUGGCUAGCUAUUUGGUCGAGUGUCACUCUUGUCAGCGAACUUUCUGAUGAUACCGAGGAAAGUAUACAACUAGGAUGCCACCAACUGACGAGGCAUUAGCAAACCUCAGAAAGUAAUGGCAGAGACUGUGAUCCUUCUAGCCAUUAAAAAGAUUGGAAGUGCCUUGGCGAAAGGAGCGGCAGACCAGGCAAGCGUGCAGUUUGCGAAGUACGGAGCACAACUACUGGAGCUACAGGGUAGCAUGGGUCGUGUUGCCAGGGAGCUUCGGGUAAUGCAUGAUGUUCUUUGCCAAAUGGACAUUCGAAACCGCAGCAAUUAAGUAUAUGAGGGCUGGUUAGAGGAGGUACGCAAAGUAGCACAUGUGAUGGAGGACAUGGUGGAUGAGUACUUGUAUCUAGUUGGUCGAGAACAUGAUAUAGGUUGUUGUUUUUUCAUGAAAAAAGGGUUCAAAAAGCCAAGAUCACUGCUCUGUUUGAAUCAGAUAGCUCUCAGAGUGAAGGAAAUGGAGAAAGGCCUUUCACAUCUGUCAGAGACAAGAAACCGUUGGGUACCCAUGAUAAAUAACGGGGAUUCUAGCAACCUCAAUUACAUUGUCAAGAGAUCCCAAGAGCUAGCAAACAUUUCACGCUCACUUGAUGAAGAAGAUCUAGUGGGGGUGGAUAAAAACAGAGAAAAACUUGAGCAGUGGUUGGGGGAUGAUCAGGAAUGCUCUGUGGUAGCUCUGCUUGGAAUGGGAGGUCUUGGCAAAACUGCUUUAGCUGCAAAUGUCUACAAAAAGGAGAGGGAGAAAUUCCAGUGCCACGCCUGGGUCUCCAUCUCUCAAACUUAUUCUAGAGAAGUUAUAUUGAGAAAUAUAACCAAGGAACUUUUUAAAGAUAAUGUCAGUGUUCUAUCCAGCACCCUGGAUAUGGACAUCAUGAGCCUUGAAGAGACACUAAAAAAAUAUUUGGAGCAAAGAAAAUACUUGAUCAUAUUGGAUGACGUUUGGGAUCCGGAAGCAUUUCAUGAUUUGUCAAGGAUGCUUACUCAUAAUGAUAAGGGCAGUAGAGUGAUACUUACAACAAGGGAAGCCAGCGUUGCCGCACUUGCCUCUCAAGGACAUAUCUUAACAUUGGAAGCUUUACCAGAAGACAAGGGGUGGGAUCUCUUUUGUAAGAAAGCCUUCCCAAGAGAUACAAAUCAUGAAUGUCCUACAGAAUUGAAGCCAUUGUCCGAGGAAAUAGUUGGCAAGUGCAAAGGCUUGCCUCUUUCUAUUGUGUCAAUUGGCAGCCUCUUGCGUGUGCGUGAGAAAACCAUGGAAGAAUGGAGAAGAAUAAAUGACCAACUGAGUUGGGAGAUGAUUAAUAAUUCGAAGCUUGAUCACAUAAAGAAUAUUUUGUACCUGAGCUUCAUAUACCUUCCAACACAUUUGAAAAGUUGCUUCUUGUACUGUAGUCUAUUUCCAGAAGACUAUCUUUUACAUAGGAAACAACUUGCACGGUUAUGGAUGGCAGAGGGGUUCAUCGAGGAGAGGGGUGGAAGCACAUUAGAAGAAGUGGCAGAAGGCUAUCUGAAGGAGUUGACUGACAGAAACAUGCUACAACUUGUUGAGAGGAACCACUUUGGUAGGAUGAAGAAAUUCAGAAUGCACGAUCUCUUACGUGAACUGGCAGUUGAUUUGUGCAAGAAGAACUGUUUUGGUGUUACUUAUGACAAUGAGUGUGGGGGGUCUCUUGAGAUGGAUGGACGACGAUUGGUACUCCACAAACAUCAGCAAAUUUCUGGUAUACUCCAACUUCGUACAGUCAUUACACUGGGCAAUAGUAUGCCAUCAACCACUAUACCUUUGCUAUGUAAGGAGUCAAGAUAUUUGACAGUGCUAGAAUUAAGUGGCCUACCCAUAAAGAAGAUUCCAGAUGCUAUUGGAGAUCUUUUUAAUCUCCGCCAUUUGGGUUUGCGUGGUUCGAAAGUGAAGAUGCUCCCAAAGUCUGUAGAGAAGCUUUCUAAUUUGUUGACACUGGACCUUUGUGGAUCUGACGUACAUGAGCUGCCUAGUGGGAUUGUGAAACUGAAGAAGCUCAGACACUUAUUUGCUGAGAGAGUAAUUGAUGCAGAAGGGAGAGAUUUUGAAUGUCGGAGUGGUGUGUGUAUCCCCAUUGGUCUUGGAAAUCUAACAAACCUACAGACGCUACAUGCAUUGGAAGUACAAGAUGAGUGUCUUAGGCAUUUAGGGGAGCUGAGGCAAAUGAGAAGCUUGAGGUUAUUGAAUGUGAAGGAAAUCUACUAUGGAAGCAUCAACGAGUCUCUAGUUCAGAUGCAGUAUUUGUCCAACCUAUAUGUUUAUGCAAGCGAUGAGAACAAGGUUCUUUUGUUGAAUGUCUGCCUGCCAAGCCUGCAAAAGCUAUCUUUGAGAGGACGACUAGCUGAAGGGGCCUUGGACGAGUCUCCUCUAUUCCAAGCUUCUGGGGGGCAGAACCUGUAUUCAUUGUCUCUAGAUUGGUCACACCUGAGAGAAGAUCCCCUGCCAUCCCUUUCUCGGCUGUCAAACUUGACAUGUCUACGUUUCACAAGAGCAUACAACGGCGAGCAGCUGUCAUUUCUCACGGGGUGGUUUCCCAAGCUGAAGAAUCUAUGGCUAAAAGACCUGCCUAAUCUGAAUCAGCUAGAGAUAGUAGAAGGUGCCAUGGCGAGCCUGGAGGAAUUAAUCUUAGUCAACCUCAGAAGCAUGAUGGAGGUCCCAGGUGGCAUUGAGUUCCUCAUGCCCCUCCAGCGUCUAUCCUUCCAGGAAAUCACCAGAGACUUCCUAACAUCGUUGUGCCAAUGUUCUGCAACUCGAUGGAAGUUCCGGUAUACUCUCCGACAAUGUUGACCUGCCGCACUGGUUGGAAAUGUGUGUACCUAGGCAAGAUCACCGUCCGGAAGGAAGAAGCUUCAUUAGCUGGACCGGAUGCAGAUUCGAUGCACAUCUGUUGAGGUGUUUCCUCGGCUGUUUCAAAACGUACUACUGUCUACUGCAUCCUUGGCUGCUACCACUCUGCUGUCUAUGACGGUGCCUCUGUUUACUGCUCUACUUCUACUGUUCGUUUGCUUUUGCUUCUCCUACUGAUUAUUGUAAGACUGAGACCUGAGUCGUGUUUCCAUUUUCAGACCUUUUGUACUGCUACUUGUUUGUGUGUGCUUGUUGUGAAGUGGUAUAUACAAUACGUUAUUUCAGCUGUGGCUGUUAAAUAAAAGACUUUGGUUUGUGAAUCAUAA